AUGCUGCGAUUCUUUUAUAUUUCUACUCUCACUCGCUCCUUUCGUGUCGACGAAGGGGACAGGAAGUUGCCAAGACGCAGACUGUCCGCCAAAGACUUGGCACAAUGUAGGAUGCUCUACUGACGACGACUGCGAUGCUCCCUACGUCACGUGCUACAAACGUGUCUGUAGAUGUGAACCCGGGUAUUUCUAUACCACACACGACACGUGUACUAACACUUGUAACCCAGACGACAUGCAGGACAGCUUCACGGACUAUCCUGACAGCGCUCUACGUGCAAACCUCAUUGGUAGCGAGGAUGGACUCACUGUGGAAGACUGCAAGGACAGGUGUCAGACUAACAAGACUUGCCUCACCUUUGAUUUCAAAGCGAGUGGAGGUCUGUGUCGGCUUCAUGGUGUCACCUCUCGUCAUUCUAACUCCGACUGGUCUCCUAAGCAGAGUGAAGGCUGGACCCACUACCAGAAAUCCUGCAAGUCCACUUUUGCCUCAAACGAUAACUGGCACAACUUACUGUGUAAAAGCAGGAUUGACUGUCCUGACACAAACAGCGAUUGUUUGUCAGGACGAUGUUUAUGCCGUCCAGGCUUCAUGUUCAAUCAAGCAAAGAAGGAGUGUGUUGUUACAAGCGAGCUGAAGAAGUGGCACAACACAAGCUGCACGACUGACGACCACUGCGAUGUGCACCACGCCACAUGCUUCAAGCGCAAGUGUCGGUGUGAACCCGGGUAUUUCUAUACCACACACGACACGUGUACUAACACUUGUAGCCCAGACGACAUGCAGGACAGCUUCACAGACUAUCCUGACAGCGCUCUACGUGAAAACCUCAUUCAUAGCGAGGAUGGACUCACGGUGGAAGACUGCAAGGACAGGUGCCAGACUGACAAGCGUUGCCUCACCUUUGAUUUCAAAGCCAGUGGAGGUCAAUGUCGGCUUCAUAAUGUCACCGCUCAUGAGUCUCCCUCCGACUGGUAUCCUAAGACGAGCAAAGGCUGGACCCACUACCAGAAAUCCUGCAAGUCCACUUUUGCCUCACACGAUAACUGGUACAACUUAUUGUGUAACAACAAAAUUGAUUGUCAUCACCCACACAGCGAUUGUUUGUCAGGACGAUGUCUAUGCCACUCAGGAUUCCACUUUAAUCAAGCACAGAAGAAGUGUGUUGUUGCAAGCGAGCUGAAGAAGUGGCACAACACAAGCUGCACGACAGACGACGACUGCGAUGCGCCCCACGCCGAGUGCUACAAACGUGUCUGUAGGUGUGAACCCGGGUAUUUCUACACCACACACGACACGUGUACUAACACUUGUAGCCCAGACGACAUGCAGGACAGCUUCACAGACUAUCCUGACAGCGCUCUACGUGAAAACCUCAUUGGUAGCGAGGAUGGACUCACUGUGGAAGACUGCAAGGACAGGUGCCAGAUAAACAAGACUUGCCUCACCUUUGACUUCAAAGCCAGUGGAGGUCAGUGUCGGCUUCAUGAUGUCACCGCUCGUCAUUCUAACUCCGACUGGUCUCCUAAGCAGAGUGAAGGCUGGACCCACUACCAGAAAUCCUGCAAGUCCAUUUUUGCCUCAAACGAUAACUGGCACAACUUGCUGUGUAAAAGCAGAAUUGACUGUCCUGACCCACACAGCGAUUGUUUGUCAGGACGAUGUGUAUGCCAUUUUGGUUUCUAUCAAGCAAGGAAGGAGUGUUUUGUUGCACUGACAUGUGUAGACUGGCUGAUCAAAGGCGCGAAGAGUGGUGUCUACACCAUUGACGUAUCAUUUAGGGGACCUCGGUCAAUGUGGUGUGAUAUGGACACUGCGGGCGGCGGCUGGACGGUCAUCCAGAGACGUCGCGACUUCACAGUUGACUUCAACCGGAGCUGGACAGACUAUGUAAACGGGUUUGGUGACCUCUCUGGAGAGUUCUGGCUGGGCCUAGACACGAUUUACAGACUGUCAUUGCGUGGUCUGCGCUUGAGAGUGGACAUGGUGGAUUAUACAGGGGCACAACGCUGGGCGGAGUACAGCUAUUUCCGUGUGUACGGUCCUGAGGAUGACUACAAACUUCGCGUGUCCGGCUACUCGGGUGGUACCGCAGGAGAUGGGUUGACAGCUAGUUCCGGAUACCCGUUUCAAACCUAUGACCGAAACACGUACGGCUGUGUUACAUCUAGUAAGAGCGCCUGGUGGCACCCGCCUGACUGUGCCGGCAGGAGUGACCUCAACAGCCCUUAUGACAUUUACAUGCAUUGGGAUCAGAUCCCCAUGCUAAAGUUCUCGGAGAUGAAGAUGAAGCCACGACGGUACUAACACCACCUUGUCUCCUGUACUCACUGCUUACACCGCCAGUCCACUGUUCACUGUUCACUACAGGUUCCACUGUUGAUGUGAGCUCAGUGUAUAUUAAUCUUUCUCAAUAGUCUAGCAUCUGACACUAGUACAGACUACUGUACUUUAAUUGUUUACUUUGAGUAUAUUGCCUGGCGAUUCUAAUAUACACGUGUUGUAUUACUUCUUUCACAUUUGGGUUUGCUUGGAUAAACUAACAUGUUUACAAACGUAAAAUCUAAGUUUAAUUAAUUAAUUUUGCAUUCAUUGUGUCUAGGUUAUAGUAAACGUGUCAUGAACUAUAUAUUAGCUAUACACCUGAUAGUUCAUAGUAAAC